AUGCUGCUCACGGUCUACUGCGUGCGGAGGGACCUCUCCGAGGCCACCUUCUCCCUGCAGGUCAGGCCCGACUUUGAACUUCACAAUUUCCGUGUGCUCUGCGAGCUGGAGUCUGGCAUCCCUGCUGAGGAGACCCAGAUAGUCUACAUGGAGCGGCUUCUCGUCGACGACCACUCCUCCCUGGGCUCCUACGGCCUCAAGGACGGCGACAUGGUCAUUUUACUGCAGAAGGAGGCCACGCGGCCGCGCUCCCCAGAGCGGGCGGCCGGCCUGUGCCGCAUGGACCCGGCGGGGCCCACCCUACCCGGGACGUCCGGCUCCCGGCCGCACCAGUGCGCCCAGUCGGCCCAGCACUCCAGCCGCCGCGGCUCUGGGGAGAAGGCGGGCCCGGGUCAAGGGCUGGACAGCCCGGCCCUGGUCCGGAGCAUGCUCCUGUCCAGCCCACACGACCUGUCCCUGCUGAAAGAGCGCAAUCCUUCCCUGGCCGAAGCGCUGCUCAGCGGAAACCUGGAGAGCUUCUCCCAGGUCCUGAUGGAGCAGCAAAGGGAGAGGGCGCUGAGAGAGCAAGAGCGACUGCGCCUCUUCUCCGCUGAUCCGUUCGAUCUGGAGGCCCAGGCCAAGAUAGAGGAGGAGAUCCGGCAGCAGAACAUCGAGGAGAACAUGAGCAUAGCUAUAGAAGAGGCGCCGGAGAGCUUCGGCCAGGUGGCCAUGCUCUACAUCAACUGCAGAGUCAACGGGCAUCCUCUGAAGGCUUUCGUCGACUCCGGGGCCCAGAUGACCAUCAUGAACCAAGUCUGUGCCGAGAGAUGCAACAUCAUACGGCUGGUGGAUCGGAGGUGGGCUGGGGUCGCUAAAGGCGUGGGCACGCAGCGAAUUCUCGGCCGAGUCCACCUAGCGCAGAUUCAGAUCGAAGGUGACUUCUUACAGUGCUCUUUCUCUAUACUGGAGGAGCAGCCCAUGGACAUGCUUCUCGGGCUGGAUAUGCUCAGGAGACAUCAGUGUUCCAUCGACCUUAAGAGAAACGUGCUGGUGAUCGGCACAACUGGCACACAGACUUCCUUCCUUCCUGAGGGAGAGUUACCUCCAUGUGCUAAGUUGGUAAGUGGGAUGGGGCCAGAGGAGUCUUCAGAUAAGGAAAUAGCAAAUGCUAUUAAACAUUCAGUCAUGGAUUCGGGGCGGAAAAAGCAUUGA